AGUUCACUCUGUGAGUUCAGCCGUGUGUCGAGACGGGGAUAGUUUUACCGGGCGUGUGUUUUCCAGACGUUCAGAGGCGAUGCCAGCCUGUGGUGGAGCUGUGCCAUAAAGCAGAAGGAGAGUCUUUUGACCCAGCUGCUCGUCCAGUGACCAAGGUGCUCCUCCUGUCUUAGGGAUAUUAUGGGACCCCUCCCCUUUCACCUCUCCCCACUCCUCCUGCUCCUUCUCUCCUUGGUCCUCCUGGCCUACCCCUGCACUUCCUUCAGGCCACAGGUCGUAGAGCGAGCGUCUGGCCCCGAGCAGCCUCAACCCGUGGGCAACUCUACAGGGUCUGGAAAGCGGGCGUGUGCAGGCACUGUGGUUUGUAGACCUGGUAUCCUGCUGCCAGUGUGGCUACCGCUCAACCCUCCACUGGGGGAGCAGGCGGGUAGGGCCAUCAUCUACUUCCUGGGUCUCAUGUACAUGUUUCUGGGUGUGUCCAUCAUCGCAGACCGCUUCAUGGCAUCAAUAGAAGUCAUCACCUCUCAGGAGAAGGAGGUGACCAUCACCAAACCUAACGGUGAAACUACAGUAACUACAGUGAGAAUAUGGAAUGAGACGGUGUCCAACCUCACACUCAUGGCUCUGGGCUCCUCUGCGCCUGAGAUCCUGCUUUCUGUCAUUGAGGUGUGUGGGCACAACUUUAAUGCAGGGGAGCUCGGCCCGGGCACCAUAGUGGGCAGCGCUGCCUUCAAUAUGUUUGUGAUUGUUGGUCUAUGUGUGUGGGUGAUUCCCGACGGAGAGUCUCGCAAGAUCAAACACCUGCGUGUGUUUUUUAUUACGGCUUUCUGGAGUAUUUUUGCCUACAUUUGGCUCUACCUCAUACUGGCUGUCAUCUCACCUGGGAUUGUAGAGGUGUGGGAAGCUGUAGUGACGCUGCUGUACUUCCCUGUGUGUGUGAUCUUGGCUUGGAUCGCUGACCGUCGCCUACUCUUCUACAAAUACAUGCACAAGCGUUACCGUGCUGACAAGCGGCAUGGCAUUGUGGUGGAAAUGGAAGGGGACCUUACGCCCAAAGGCAUCGAUGUGAUCAUGGAUGGGAAGUUGUCGGAUGGCAGUUCAUGCCCUGGAAACUCCUCCAGUGUGACGGUCUCUGUGCAGACGGGCAAUGAACUAGACCAGAACAAAGAUGAGGUGGUCCGCAUCCUUAAAGACCUGAAGGAGAAACAUCCGGACAAAGACCUGGACCAGCUGAUUGAGAUGGCCAACUACUCUGCCCUGAUUCACCAGAAGAAGAGCCGCGCCUUCUACCGUGUCCAGGCGACACGCAUGUUGAUUGGUGCCGGUAACAUAUUAAAGAGACAUGCUGCUGAGCACACACGCCGCUCAGGACAUGAUGAUGCUGACAAGGCCACAUGUUCGCACAUUUGUUUUGAAAGUGCCCAGUACCAGUGCACAGAGAACUGUGGAUCUCUGAGCCUUGGCGUGAUCCUUGAUGGGGGCACAGGUCAGAACACUUUCUAUGUGGACUACUGUACAGAAAAUGGCUCUGCCAAUGCUGGGGCAGACUAUGAAUUCACCGAGGGAACCCUGGUGUUUAAGCCAGGGGAGACCCGCAAAGAGAUCAAGGUUGGUAUCUUGGAUGACGACAUCUUUGAAGAGGAUGAGCAUUUCUUUGUGCGUCUUCAGAAACUGAGGGUAGAAGAAGGUGGAAAUGAAGGCACAGGAACUCCGCCCAGGGGUAGACUAGUGGAGCCACUGGUUGCCACCAUCACUAUCUUGGACGACGACCACGCUGGCAUCUUCACCUUCGGUCAGCGGGUGCUGCGGGUGAGCGAGAGCACAGGCAUAUUGACAGUGACAGUGGUGAGGAACUCAGGAUCCAGGGGUACUGUUGCUGUGCCAUACCAUACAGAGGAUGGCAGUGCCAAGUCUGGGGUGGACUACGAGGAGAGCAGAGGGGAGCUGGAAUUCACCAAUGAACAGACCAGUCAGACCUUACAGGUGCGCAUUAUAAAUGUGGAAGAAUAUGAGAAGCAGGAAAACUUCUUCAUUGUGCUUGAGGACCCCAAAUGGCUGAAGCGAGGACUCUCUGGAAACCCAACCCCUGAGGAGGAAGAGGCCAGGAGGAUCUCUGAGAUGGGUAAACCCAUUCUAGGAGAGCACAGCAGGCUUGAGGUCAUCAUAGAGGAGUCCUGUGAGUUUAAGAGCACUGUGGACAAACUCCUGAAGGACACAAACCUGGCUGUAGUGAUUGGCACUCAUUCGUGGAGAGAGCAGUUCAUUGAAGCAGUCACCGUCAGUUCAGGCGAUGGAGAUGAAGAGGGACAAGAGCAACGAAUGCCGAACUGCUUCGACUAUUUCAUGCACAUAUUGUGCAUUUUUUGGAAGAUUUUGUUUGCUUGUGUCCCGCCCACUGAGUACUGGAAUGGCUGGGCAUGCUUCAUCGUGUCAAUCUCUGUCAUUGGCGUCUUAACAGCCAUUAUUGGAGACCUAGCCUCCCAUUUUGGCUGCACCGUAGGCCUGAGAGACGCUGUCACUGCAGUCGUCUUUGUAGCACUGGGGACUUCACUUCCUGAUACCUUCGCCAGUAAAGUGGCUGCCACUCAGGACCAGUAUGCGGAUGCAUGUAUAGGAAAUGUGACAGGAAGCAAUGCAGUUAAUGUGUUUUUGGGUAUUGGCGUGGCCUGGUCUGUGGCUGCUGUAUAUUGGGAAAUCAAAGGUAAGGUCUUCCGUGUGGACCCUGGCUCGCUGGCCUUCUCCGUCACACUCUUCACCAUUUUUGCCUUCUUCAGUAUGGGAGUGUUGAUGCUCCGCCGGAGGCCGUCCGUAGGCGGUGAACUGGGAGGCCCGCGGAUCCCCAAAGUCCUCACUUCACUCCUUUUCUUUGGACUCUGGUUUCUCUACAUCCUCUUCGCCAGCUUGGAGGCCUAUUGCCAUAUACAAGGCUUCUGAGAGAGCACAGUCACAAACACACACACAUCACCAGGACAUUGACCUGGCUGGUACUGUAGCUACCACUGAAAAGACCUGUCACCACUUGACAACUGCUGCCAUGGCGCGUAAAAAAAAAAUGUACACACACAACAGACUUGUACAUGCAAAUCUGUGCACCACAUCCACUCCAGGACAGUUCCAGUCAGUAAAAUUGAUUGUGACAGAACUGAUCAUUUUCACUUCAGUGGACUAAAUAACAUGCAGUGACUGCUUUUGAUAAAGAAGAGCAAACGGUCAGCAUGUACGCUGUGAAGUCACUGGAUUUUGCUUGAUGCUGGCUGUGCCUCACGGUUCAUAACCGUAAUAUCAUGUUUGGUCUUGUGUCUCCUCAGGCUGUUAGAGUCUGGAUCUAUAGAUUUGACUUUCUCCUAGUAAUUACAUAAGAAAAGCAAUGACAGCUUCUUACAGAUAUGAGCAAUGUUAAGUGAUAAUACAUGACAAGCUGCUCUGAUAUAUGAAAAUCAUAGAUGAACACCACUGUGCUUCGCAUUACAGCUGUGGAGUCUGUAAUUUCUGUGUGUCAGAAACCAUCACGUUUAUACCAUGGCCAUGUGUCAUGGGCAAAAAGAGGCUGUGUUCAAACUGUCAUCCAUUUCUUAAAGGUUCCACAUUUUACACUUUUCCAGUGUUUUAUUUAAAGUGUUGAUCCAUAAGAAGAUAUAUUUGUGGUUUUAAGAACCAA